GAGCUGUCAACAUGUAAGAUGGCGGCCCAUCACAGGCAAAAUGCUGCUGGGCGGAGGAAAGUCCAGGUGUCUUAUGUCAUCCGAGAUGAGGUGGAGAAGUACAAUCGCAACGGGGUGAACGCACUGCAGCUGGACCCUGCCCUGAAUCGGCUUUUUACCGCUGGGAGGGACUCUAUCAUCAGGAUAUGGAGCGUCAACCAGCACAAGCAAGACCCCUAUAUAGCAUCUAUGGAGCAUCACACGGACUGGGUCAAUGACAUCGUUCUCUGUUGCAAUGGAAAGACGUUGAUCUCUGCCUCGUCGGACACCACUGUGAAAGUGUGGAAUGCGCAUAAGGGAUUCUGCAUGUCUACGUUGCGAACACAUAAGGACUACGUCAAAGCCCUUGCUUAUGCAAAAGACAAGGAGCUGGUGGCAUCAGCAGGCCUAGACAGACAGAUCUUCCUGUGGGACGUAAACACACUAACGGCACUGACAGCCUCCAACAACACUGUCACCACCUCUUCUCUUAGUGGGAACAAGGACUCCAUCUACAGCCUGGCCAUGAAUCAGAUGGGAACAGUAAUUGUGUCAGGGUCCACGGAGAAGGUGCUGAGAGUCUGGGACCCUCGGACCUGCGCUAAACUAAUGAAGCUGAAAGGACACACAGACAAUGUGAAAUCAUUAUUGUUGAACAGGGAUGGCACUCAGUGUCUCUCUGGCAGCUCCGACGGGACCAUCCGCCUGUGGUCACUGGGCCAGCAGAGGUGCAUUGCCACCUACCGGGUGCACGAUGAGGGCGUGUGGGCGCUGCAGGUCAACGAAGCCUUCACCCAUGUCUACUCCGGUGGCCGUGACCGCAAAGUGUACUGCACCGACCUGCGGAGCCCUGACAACCGUGUGCUCGUCUGCGAAGAGAAGGCUCCUGUGCUUAAGAUGGAACUGGAUCGAUCAGCAGACCCCCCUCCAGCCAUCUGGGUAUCCUCAACCAAGUCCUCCGUGAACAAGUGGUCCCUCAAGGGAAUCCACAACUUCCGAUCAUCUGGCGAUUACGACAACGACUGCAGCGCUCCCUUGACACCCAUGUGCACGCAACCCGAGCAGGUCAUCAAAGGUGGCGCGAGCAUCAUUCAGUGUCACAUUCUCAAUGACAAGAGACACAUACUGACCAAAGACACCAACAACAACGUGGCGUACUGGGACGUCCUAAAGGCAUGUAAAGGUGAAGACUUGGGGAAGGUAGAGUUUGAUGAGGAAAUCAAAAAGCACUUCAAGAUGGUUUAUGUGCCAAACUGGUUCUCUGUGGAUCUGAAAACAGGGAUGCUGACAAUCACCUUAGACGAGAGUGACUGUUUUGCUGCCUGGGUCUCCGCCAAGGAUGCCGGUUUCUCCAGUCCUGAUGGGUCGGACCCAAAGUUGAAUCUGGGUGGCUUGCUGCUCCAGGCCCUCCUGGAGUACUGGCCAAGAACACACAUAAACCCCAUGGAGGAAGAGGAAAAUGAGGUCAACCAUGUCAACGGGGAGCAGGAGAACCGGAUACAGAAAGGGAACGGCUACUUCCAGGUGCCACCACACACGCCGGUCAUCUUUGGGGAGGCAGGAGGGCGGACCCUCUUCAGGCUUCUGUGUCGGGACUCGGGCGGAGAGACGGAGUCCAUGCUGCUCAACGAGACUGUGCCCCAAUGGGUGAUUGACAUCACUGUGGACAAAAACAUGCCUAAAUUUAACAAAAUUCCAUUCUACCUCCAACCUCAUUCGUCCUCCGGUGCAAAAACACUAAAGAAGGACCGUCUGUCUGCCAGCGACAUGCUGCAGGUGCGCAAAGUGAUGGAACACGUCUACGAGAAGAUCAUCAACCUUGACAACGAGUCACAGGCCACCAGCGCCUCGACCAAUGACAAGCCAGGCGAGCAGGAGAAGGAAGAAGACAUGGCCGUGUUGGCCGAGGAGAAGAUCGAGCUGCUAUGUCAGGACCAGGUCCUCGACCCCAACAUGGACUUGCGAACGGUGAAGCAUUUCAUCUGGAAGAGCGGUGGUGAUCUGACCCUUCACUACAGACAGAAAUCGACGUGAACCUAAGGUGUGGGACUCGCGGUGCGCCAGUCGCCAUCCUCCUGUCGCCAGCUUGGACUUCCAAACUCAUCAGACUGGUUCUAAGAGUAGUACUGUAGGGGGCCACCCAACCCUGUGCUAGAUAUUUCUCUGUGGCCAGGCCUACCACAGCCUCCAAUUGUCCAAGGGGGGUAGUUUCGUUCUGUAACAUAGAAACAUUGUAGAAACUCCAGCAGAAGUCACUGUUUUCCAGUUAAGCCACACUGCAGAAAAAAGGAGCAAAGACAUUGGGUGUUGGGUGUGGGCUGUGUUGCUGUGUACAGCGGAUGGGUUUAAUCACAUCUUCAGGACACUUACAUUUUGACUUAUUUUCACUGCGCUCCCCACCCCCAGUAAAAUCUUUAAUAAUUUAUGAUUUUGGAAGGUUUAUUUUGCUUUGUGAUUCUAGUUGUAAACUGCACUCAUCUGUCUCCCCCCCCCAGUACAUUCCAGAAACACCAGUUGUUUUGCUCUUUCAGUGAUUGUGUGGAUUUCAGCGAGGACACUCAGGCAGCAAUUCAAAGCAAUCGGAAUUAGGUCCUAUAGAAAGUGCUGAUGUGUUUCUUCCAGAAACAAAUUAGCUGUUACAUUUUUUUUUUUUUUUUUUUU